GAAUUAAAAACGGGCGUCGAUUAGUUAGACGACGACGCACGGCGUCAUCGUCAUGGCAACUCGCCGCCGUCAAAACAACAUCCUUGUGAUCAUUUGCGAAACCACCGACUUCAAGACUAGUUGUGUUGUGUUGUGGUGUGAUAAAAAUUUGUGAGCUAGUCUUUGUGGGUUUCGCAACGAGAAAAAUGAUCCUUCCAAGGAAUAAAAAAUGAAGACAUCUGAAACGGGAGCAGUCGUUUCGUUAAUAUUUACUUUAUGUUCCGCAAUUUUAACCGGAAAUUAUGAACACAUCACCGAUAAUCCGGUGUUUGGAUGUAGAUGGAUAGGUGGAAUUAGUCCAGGAGUUGUCUGCUUGUGUCGGGAUGAUGCCGAGGAAAUGUACAUCACGAAAAAAUCCAUCUCGAGUUACGACACCUCCAGCAUUGAGAUCCACUGUAAAUCGGUUCGUUUCGGCCCGGAAUCAAUUACAGAAAUGCGUAAUCUUCGCAACAUCAAAUUAAAAUCAAUCCAAUCACUAAAUUUCGACGAACACAGCUUAAAAUGGUACGGCUAUCGAGACAUAGACCAUCAUGACGAACCCUACGACAUCAGCACACCUUCCCUUCAAAUCGAAAUCGAAAAUUCAACCAUUGGAACAAUUUCUUCGUACACCUUCGAAGGCCGCAUUAAUAAAAUCCGAUUCGAUGGAGUCACCGUUCAGAAUUUAUCACCGUUCGCUUUUAAUUCCCUGAGACAGACACAGGAGAUCGUUUUGCGAAACGUCGAAUUGCUAAAUGCACGGGAACAAGCCUUCAAGAAAUUUUCAACGGAUAAUUUCGAACUGAACGGCGUUAAAUCCACGAUUAUUACAAGCCGGUUCGUGUUCAACGUCACAGUUUACAACAGUUUUAAAGUCACGAAUUGUGUGUUUGACACUGUACGCCCAGGGGGUUUCAUCGUUUUCAACCCUCGUAAUUUCCAAGUUAGCGACACUACAAUCAACCAUUUGGACGCCGAAGCGUUUAAAGUGACCACACGAGGGGAUGUUCUGUUCCGUAGCAAUAAAUUCAACGUAAUUAACGACGGUGCGUUCCUUGGAAUCGAUCUCAAUCCGGAUGAAACGGCGAUUGAGGCGACAAUGUCGUUCGAUUCCAACGUUUUUACCAAAUUAACGCGAGAUUCUUUGACUGUUAACGAAAAUUUCCGGCCGAAAUUUGCCAAUUUGUUCAUCAACGAGACGUGUGAUUGCACAAGCAUCGACCACAAUAUUAAAGACACUGAAUUCUACUCGGAAAUUAAGUGUUGGCACGAGAGGGAAUUUGUUACUGUCAAGGAAUUCAAAACCAACAAGUGUUCGAUUAUUCAGAGUUACUCCACUGUUAUUGUUAUUGUCGUUGUGGUUUUUACUCUCUGUGUUAUCAUCGGGACUGUUCUUGUGGUGUAUUAUCGUAGAGUGUAUUUGAGCAAGAAAUACGGUAGUGAGAAAGGUACCAAAAAUGGGAAUUUAAGUAUGAUUGUUCCGGAUGGAAGGACUUAUCGUGAAACGGAACUUCAUGUGAUAGUGGAACGAGCUGAUCUCUUGACCACCGAUUUAUAGUCAUUGCACAGUAUUGUUGGACUGAUACUAGAACUAGGUUUUAAUUUAUUUUGGUACGAAUUGCUUCAUAAACGUGUACAUGUACAUAAAAAUUGUAUAAAUAAUUGACUCAGUUACCGAAAAUAAAGUAGUAAACGAA